AUGGGUUGAGGGCAUCGUAGGGCAUCAUUGAAUGUAACCCGGUUACAUUCAAGCCGGGUAACCGGGUCCGGUUCAGAACUGCCCUCAUCUUCUGUCCUCUGUCCCGUCAAAAAGGAGUACACAAAAACCCCAUUCCGCGCUCGCCAUUCUCAGUUUCGAAGCCGCCCUUUCUUUCUGCCUAUCCGCUCGAUCUAGGCUUUUGCCCUUUCCCUCACUUCGGAGCACUAGAAAUGGCGUUUGCAGGACAAACACCGGACAUCCUCGGGGAUCGCCAGUCCGGCCAGGACGUUCGCACUCAAAAUGUUGUGGCAUGUCAAGCAGUUGCCAACAUUGUGAAGUCGUCGCUUGGUCCAGUUGGACUUGAUAAGAUGUUAGUUGAUGAUAUUGGUGAUGUGACAAUAACUAAUGAUGGUGCUACAGUACUCAAAAUGUUGGAGGUAGAGCAUCCAGCUGCAAAGGUGCUGGUUGAACUGGCGGAGCUUCAAGAUAAAGAAGUUGGGGAUGGGACAACUUCAGUCGUCAUUGUAGCUGCAGAGCUACUCAAGAGGGCAAAUGAUUUAGUGAGGAACAAAAUUCACCCAACAUCUAUAAUCAGUGGAUACAGACUUGCUAUGAGGGAAGCAUGCAAGUAUGUCGAUGAGAAGUUGGCUGUGAAGGUUGAGAAGCUUGGAAAAGAUUCCCUUGUAAACUGUGCCAAGACAAGUAUGUCCUCCAAGUUGAUAGAUGGUGACAGUGACUUCUUUGCAAACUUGGUUGUGGAUGCAGUUCAGGCAGUGAAGACAACAAAUGCAAGGGGAGAAAUUAGAUAUCCAAUUAAGGGCAUCAAUAUUCUUAAAGCUCAUGGCCAGAGUGCAAAAGACAGCUAUUUGUUGAAUGGUUAUGCUCUAAAUACAGGGUGUGCUGCCCAAGGAAUGCCCACAAGAGUUGCCCCUGCAAAGAUUGCUUGUCUUGAUUUUAACCUUCAAAAGACAAAAAUGCAAAUGGGUGUCCAAGUCUUAGUCGCAGACCCCAGGGAGCUUGAAAAGAUUCGCCAGAGAGAAGCUGAUAUGACAAAGGAGCGUAUUCAAAAGCUUUUGAAAGCUGGAGCUAAUGUUGUACUAACAACAAAAGCGAUUGAUGAUAUGGCGCUGAAGUACUUUGUUGAGGCUGGGGCGAUUGCUGUGAGGCGUGUUAAGAAAGAAGAUUUGCGUCAUGUUGCUAAGGCAACUGGUGCGACUAUGGUUUCAACUUUUGCUGAUAUGGAAGGAGAGGAAACUUUUGAUUCAUCUUUCCUCGGCUAUGCAGAUGAAGUUGUGGAGGAGCGCAUUUCAAAUGAUGAUGUGAUUAUGAUAAAGGGGACCAAAAAUUCAAGUGCCGUUUCCUUAAUUCUUAGAGGUGCCAAUUACAUCAUGCUUGAUGAGAUGGAGAGAGCUUUGCAUGAUGCUUUGUGCAUUGUCAAGAGAACCCUUGAGUCCAAUGUGGUUGUUGCUGGUGGUGGUGCAGUUGAAGCUGCUUUAUCUGUAUAUUUGGAGUAUCUUGCAACUACUUUGGGGUCCCGAGAACAGUUGGCUAUUGCAGAAUUUGCUGAAUCUCUCUUAAUUAUACCUAAGAUUCUUGCUGUAAAUGCUGCAAAGGAUGCCACUGAGUUGGUUGCAAAACUUCGGGCUUAUCAUCACACUGCACAAACCAAGGCAGAUAAGCAGCAUCUAUCCGGGAUGGGACUAGACCUUUCAAAGGGAACUGUCCGUAACAAUUUAGAAGCUGGAGUUAUCGAACCAGCAAUGAGCAAAGUGAAGAUAAUACAGUUUGCAACAGAAGCAGCCAUAACUAUUCUUCGGAUUGAUGACAUGAUCAGGCUUAUCAAAGAUGAGGGUCAAAAUGCAGAGGACUAGGUUUAGUUCUUUUUCACGAGCGGACGCUGCAGUUUUGUGCUGUUUAUAUGAACUAGAGUGGUUUUCAAUUUCACAAAUUUUCCACCAUGACUUAGAAACCUUUUUGAGCUAAUGGGGAGGAACUGAGGAAGAAUUUUUUUCCUGAGGCUCUUGUUGUAUUAUUGACAUGCAUUGUGUUAUAUUUAAUUCUUUUGGUCA